AGUGACACCAUCCUUCACGUAGGUACUCAAUCACUGAUACUCCAGAACACAGCUUCGACCCCUGACCCAGUCUUCUUUAUGAUGAUCAAUCCUCAAGGAACUCCUCAGAACUGGACAAUGAACAAACCUUGGAAAAUCUACCCAAGUCAGAGGAUGAAUGUAUCAAAAAGUUCAAGAAUUUGAAACCUUCAGCAGAAGGGCCACACUGCGGCGCCGCCUGGGAUUCGAUUUUAUGUUGGCCUCCAACACCAGCUGGCCACAUGGUUCAUAAACUGUGUAAGGAAAUCCUGGCAUCAACAACUAUCUCCUUAAGCCAUGUUAAUGAAGACAGGGAUGCAUUUGCAUACAGGGUGUGCAAUGAAGAUAGCGAAUGGAUGUGGGGGAACUGGACAAAUUAUAGUGAGUGCGUGGAUAUUUUGCCUAAGAAUGAACUCCCUUCAAUCCCUCUGGUGGUGAGCUACAUUUUACUUAUUGGGUCCCUCCUUUCUCUCUUUUUCCUGUGCAUAACCUUUUUCAUCUUUUGCUAUUUCAAAAAUUUGCAGUGUUCCCGUCUGCGAGUCCACCAAAACCUGGUAGUUGCUUUGGUUAUUCAUUCCGUCAUGUUGGUUGUUAUUUCGCUUCCUGUUGUCGGUGGCGAUCUUGUUCCGUCGUACCGCGAAGUAACAUGGCUGUGCCGCUCCGUUCUGUCAUUGAAAAUGUAUGCUGCUCUAGCGUGUAUAAACUGGAUGUUUAACGAGGGUUUACUUCUUCACAGUCGGACGGCUAUCUGUGUGUUUCAACAAGACGCCCCAUUUAAACUGUACUACUUCAUAGGUUGGGGCUUGCCUCUGAUCCUAAUUGUUGCCUGGGCUGCCAGUGUUAGUGAAACAUUGGUCACACCGUGUUGGGAAGGCUACGGUGAGUCGUCGUUCAUCUGGAUCAUCACCGCCCCCAUGCUGCUGGCCUUGUCAGUGAAUUUUGUCUUUUUAAUUAACAUAAUUCGAGUGUUGGUCACCAGGCUACGUUCACGAGAAGCAACCCACAUCAGAAGGGCCAUUAAAGCAACAGUAUUGUUGUUCCCGUUACUCGGAAUCACUCACUUGUUGUUCUGUGUCAACCCACAAGAUGACGCCACUUUAGAAGAAGCUUACAUGAUCACCAAUGCUGUUUUACAGUCUUUACAGGGGAUCUUUCUGGCUGUGCUGUACUGCUUCAUGAAUUCAGAAGUACAGACUGCUCUAAGAAAUGCCUAUCUUCGUGCUGCCGUUCGAAGAAGUGCUACUACCAGUAUGCGAGACCGAGGAUUCUCAAAUACUUCGGCUUCGUAUUACGACUGCUCUGCAGCUUGCAGUCCACGCCACAAGAGGGCUUCGGCUAAAGGCGUACACAUACAUCUUUCAGAUUUGGCCAACACAAGGUUCAUAAGUAAACAAGUGAGUCGUGUGUAAGCUGGAAUAUUACCACCAUUUUCUACUUAUAAUUCAUGUAAACUAUUAAAUAUUGUGUUACGUACAACACCACAGUACUUCUUUUGUUGUAAUGUUAUCAGUAAUUUCUUUGAAAUUGUUGUAAAAAUGCUGAAGCCUUUGUACCUUAGAACUCAUGUAGUUGAUUGAUAAAACUUAUACGCUUUAGAUUACAUAAUUGAGAAUGUCAGAUUUAACAGAGAUUUAAAAGUUUAUUGUAAACGAAACCAAAGUGUGUGUGUUUUAGUUACGAGCCCUAGAUAAACUUGUAUAUGUCAUAUAAGUUCAAUGGUCAUUUUUCUAAAAAAAUCAAUAUUAUUCAUAUAUCAUACAUACGCUUCCCUUCGUGUUCUUGUUCUUUCAGCACUUCAUAAAGUUUACGAAUUAUCAUUUGUUUCAGUUAUUAUUACUCGCAAUUUGAGGG